GCUGCCGCACAGUCAGAUCCAACUCCUGGACUUUUUAAAUGUCAGUGUCGAUCAGGACAGAGUGAAUUAAUCAUAAUAACCAUUGAUGCUCUUUCAUUACACAGACAAGUCCAUUUGUCCAUUUUGUCCUGAGUUUUGUGGACUUUAAUGUAAUCUGAGCAAUUGACUGAUUGAUAUUUAAUUAUUUAUUUUUUGCAAAAGAAAAUCUUUUAUUUUAGCCUACAGACAAAGUGAAUAUAAUUACUUCAUUAACAUUCAGAUGCUUGGCUGUUGUUCCAAGAAAAAAUAUUAACUCUAAUGUAAAGGGGUGACAAUAGUUGCAGACGUGUGUGUGUGUGAGAGAGAGUGUGUGUAGUCCUAGAAGGACAAACUUGACCUUUGACUUUUGUCCACUAACUGUCCAGGAUAUAACCUCUCUGUCAUUCAGAGACUGGCUGCACAAGACAACAUUGUCAGUGCAUGGAUAAUAGGCAGAAGUGAUGGAAUUAGAGUACUUCAGAACAGUCGUUUCAUCUUAUGUCAUUUUGUUGCACCAAGCUGUCCUUCAUAGAAAAAUACCUAUUAGAUGCACUGACAAUUCAUACUGUACUCUUGCAGCUUCCUCAUUUGUGCAUCGGUUGUUUUUUGUAAAAGGCUGCCUGCUUUUACCACAGGCUGUGAGUCAUCUGAAGUGACAGCUCAUUAAAUGUAAAAGCUAUAAAGAGAGAAAAAAUGUCCUCAACUGAAUGGAAAAAAGACGCAGCACUUAAGAGAAUAGUAUUUUCAGGAGUGACAGCUGAUGCAGUACAAAUACAAUUCUGAGAAAAGGCACAGUGACUCCGUGUGACCUGUGGUGUAGAUGAGCCUUAAGGUUGUGUGAAGGGAACGUUUUAAUAAGUGAACAGAGAAAACAGCAGGCUGCAACAAAGCCUUCAAUGAGAUGCUUCACUAGAAAGGAUUUUUUAAGAAAUGCUGCCAUCUAUCGACCAAGUAUGGGAAGUUACGUUAUGUUUUUUAAAUUUUGCAAUUAAAAGGCUGUUGUUGAGUACUUAAUAUAGUACUGAAUGUAUAUAUAUAUAUACACACACAGAGAGAGAGAGAGAGAGAGACAUGUCUAUGAACAAAUCUAAAUAAAAAUUAUUUGAAGAAAUUGAUGUCUGUGACACCUUCAGUAUUAUUUGAGGUGCAUGCAGAUAUAUAUAUAACAAUAACCCUGUUAUGAGGUUUUCAUACUUUUAUAUACAGUGAUAAAAAAACCACUUAGAGCUAAGCAUUUACAGGAAGGAUAGUUAUGGCUUACAAUUGUGUUUGCAUAUUUUUCAAGAAAAAAAAGUGACCCAGUCACAAGGACUGAGGAGACAGAAAGCUCAUCAAAACCUCUGCAAAAUUUUUCAAUGGCAGGUUGUUCGGUAGAAAGAGUAUUCACAGUAUUUUCAUUUCAAGUACAAAGUUUCUAGGCACCAAUCUGUGCUGAAAGUUGGUGUCUCAGUGGUUUACCAGGGGUCAGUUACAUGUUAUUUUCUUUGUUUGUGAUUGGCAAAUUUUAAUAAUAAUAAUGAUAAUAACCACGGUUGUUAUUAUUGAGUAUCAAAUUACCCCCUUUACAUGGGUUAACUAAGAAUAAGUUAGUGCCGGAGUACUAGUACAAGUUUCCACGUGAGGGCGGCAGAGCUGUAUUAAGCCUCGUGUGUGUCAGUCGAAGGUGAACGUGAAAUAUGGUUCACGUUGAAGCAUGCCACAUUAUUUAAUUAUUUGCCUUAUUACUAUUUAACCCCUGUCCCAUCUUCAUCAUCCUUCUGACACGUAAUUAAACUGUAAAGCACAUAAAUGUUACAUUAACAUCUGCAGUUACUUACUUCAUGGGCCCUUACCAUUUUAAUUUCCCGCAGAUAUGGCAUGAAAUUAACCAGUCAAGUGUCACACAGAGAAACAUUUUGAGAAAAUAAUCACACCCCAGGUUGAGCUGUCAGCGCUGGAGACUUGCAGCAUUUGUUUGGAUGAAACGUAAUUUUAGAAAUCUUUUUUUUUUGCUCGUAAGCAAUAAGUUAUAUGCAAAUUGGUAUUUAAAAAUGGUCCAUAAGGUUUCCAUAAAUUCUACAGCUAGUAUAUAAUAUUUUUGCAGUUUGUGAUUGUCAAGUAUGAAUCAUACAUCUGUUCCUAGGGUUCACUAUGAACACAUUGUCAGACUUUGAUAUACUCCUACACACCACAUGUUUUGGUUAGGAGUUUCCUUUACUUUCUACCCUUUGUCUCCCUUUGCUAUGGCUAGAAUGGCAAGCAGAAGGUUCUGGGUUCAAUUCCCAAGCCUGAUUGAUUUGCAAUAACAAAGGGCAUCCAAAGUAAUACAAAUUGUAUCACAACACUAACCCUAAUCUGGAGACCAAAAAAUUUGAUUCUUCUUCUUCUUUCCUCUAGGAAUGCUCCUUAACAGCGUUACAUCCCAACUCGGAAGUGCAUGAAAGUUACUGUGUUGGUCCCAGAGUGUGUUCUCAAGUGUUGAGUUCUUGACAAAUUCAUGUGUCCGUCUCCAUCCAUGUUGCCCCUGCAGUUCCUCAAAGAAAUGGAAACAAAGAGGAACACUAGGGUGAGGAAGAAAAAGGUAGAGGACAAGCAGGGAGAGAAAAUAACAUUCUUUUUAAAAUUAUUUCAAUAUUGAAUGGCUUCUAAAACAAAGUACAUCAUCUCUGUUAUUUAGUUAAUAAAUUGUACGAGGUCCAAAAUGGACCAGUUUAUGCUUUCACUACUAGAAGUGUGCACAGAGUAAAUGGAAUUCCUAAGACAAAUCUUAAAUAUCUUAAUAUUAAUUUGGAAUAUAGGUCAUCAAAUAAAGUAGUGCAUACAAGGAGAAGUACUUUAAAAGGCACAGUAAAUAUAAAAAUACACCCAUAUUUCACAUACUGUAAGAUUUGUUUUAAUCUAUGUUUGUGUUAGGGCUAAGACAAGUGCGAUUCAUGCGGCCUCUGGGGUUGCAGGACAUCAUCUUAAGUAUCAAACUAGCAUUGUAAGGAAUGGAUAGAUUUGGUUGCGGUGCAGUAAAAAAAAGGAGAAAAAAAAGCGGAGAAUGAACCUGCAGGAAAGAUGACAAGGAUUAUUUAGAUUUUAGAUAUUUAUGAACUUUUUUUUCAACCUUUUGGCUACUUGGAAGAAGUCCUCAGUCUCUCUUUCUUUCUUUUUUCUUUCUUUUUUUACCGUAAAAUGAACAAUUGGACUAUUGUUCAAUGCUGUUGUUAGACUACCCAAUACACGCUUGACACUAGCUUGACAUUAACUAAAACUUGUUUGCGGGGGCUUGGUAAUAUUAGCUUAGCAUUAAAGCUAUGAUGACUUUCUACUUUGCUUUAAAUUAAUAGUGUUUUGCCGGUGGGAGUCACUAACUUCAUUUAAUUUUAGAUAAUAAAAAAUGUUGAACAAAAGUUUGAUUUAAAUCUGUACAGCCAACAUGAGCAGUCUAAUCAUUUAUUUGUUCUUCCCUUCUAAACAAUGUUAUUAGUUAAAAUUACAUUUUUUUGUUGAUCCACGGUGUGAUAAAGUCUUUGUUUUCUGAUCAACUCUUUGUUUUGUCGGGAAUUAAAUGCUUGUGUAGUGUACAAAAACAUUAAAACAGUGACACACAGACAGUGUGACGCUGCAGACUAAGUCCUCGUGUUAGCACUUCUUACUAUUAACCAAUUCGUUUAGCAAAUCUUACUAAUCAAAUAAAAUACUACAGUGUUCACACUUGAUUUACUACACACCACCAUCUCACUCGGUCUGUUUAAAUCUGGUGUCAGCCACAGUCAUAGCAAUAAAUCUGAUGUAUUUCAGUGUUGUUCAACGUUACCGUUUAGAUCUAAUUAGCACUGCAUCAACACUAAUUUUCCACUGCAGCUUGGUUUGGUUGAAGGUAAACAAUAUGAGAAGUGAUUUUAUGCAUUGCUGGCUGCAAAUCGUGGAAACAUUCUAAUAAAAAAAUGGCUAGGGGUUAUGUAGAGCUCGCUGCAAACUCAUAUAUUUUAAUUUAUAAGUCGUAGCUGAGUAUAAAUUGCAAACUCAGCCAAAGGCUGGAGAAUUUGGUAUAUUUUUUGGCCAUAAAGGCACAGAAGAUGUGUUGGUGUGUGUGUUUCUAUACAAAUAUGUUUACACACCUAACUCGGAAGCAGAGAGCAGAGAGUCCUGGGUUCAAUUCCCAGAGGAACCACAUGAUUGCCGCUUGCUAGAGGCAGCCUGUUAACAGCGUAUCUGCUGCUAAUGCAACAAUUUCACAAAUAUGGGACCAAUAUAGUACAAUUUAAAAAAAAAAAAACACUUGAGAGACUCAAGUAUUUGAGGUCUUUUACAUAGGAAUGGUUGUGUUUGUCUGAUUCAUGUUUUCAUGAUUAUACAACAAACAUUUUCAAUGGGAGUCAGGUCUGGACGGUAAACGCAUACAUUUCGCAUCAAUUAAGCCAUUAUUUAUGCAUUAUGAGGUCCUGUGUUGUACUGUUGAAAUAUCAACUGGGUUCCAAGAAAAACACUUAAUGUUUAAACACGUAAUGGAGUGUCUCUUUCUCUACAAUAGUGAUUAUCAACUGGCAGCCCGUGGGCCAAAUCUGGCUCACUGAACUGUCAAAUGACUAGAUGCCUAAAAUUGUAAGUAAUUAAACCAACUGAAAAACUUAAAUAACUAUCAGUAAUCAUCCCACCAUUUAUGAUUUUUUUUUUUUUUUAAUAAAUCUGGCCCCCAAGCUGUCUGUCCAGAAAUUGCAUACUGUACAGUAUCACGGCACCUGAUGGAAGCCCACAAGUGGACACUUGUAAAAAUAAGUGACAGACAACUCUUGCCAUUGACCUAUAGACGCAGCCAUUGAAACUUUUGAAAUAGCCCAUUAAUAAAUAAUGAAUACUUUCAGUGUGGUCGGUCCACAAGUGUGUGUGCAACGUCGCUGCAGCUGAUCUGUGCCUGAAUUUUCAGGCACAUGAACGCGUCACCGGUGUUCCUUGGUGUUACACAAGCUCAUCGUAUCUCUCCCAAAUCCUCCUGGCUUUACUUCUGUCUUUCGCACACACACACACAACACUCAUGGUUGCAUACACGCACACUCUUCAAACAAAUUCACACACAUGCUCACACUCUGGUCAGCCUCAGAGGAUCAGUGGCUGAUAAACUGGCUGCAGUCAUCAGUCAGUCUUUGAGUGCAGGCAGAGGAAAACAUGAUGAACAGGAUGGCUUGUUUCAACAGGAUAAGGCAGAACUGAGGCAGAACUGGACUGAUUCAACCUGGGCUGGGAAUUUUCACUGGUGCAUCACAGAAGGUUGGCCAGCUGCGCUGGAACAGACUGCACUGGUUCUGCUUCACUCUUGUUUGGCAUCGUCUGACUGGACUGUGCUUAAGUGUGCCUGCAAGAAAAGAGCUGGAAUAGACGGAAUCCCCAAAUUUAAUUUUUCCCUUUUUUUUGCAUGCCACCUACUCUCCCUCCCUCCCUCCAUCCAUCUUCCCUCCAUCCUCUUAUCUUCUCUCAUGCACGUACACAGCAGGCACCCAGUGUUACAGAGCAGACAAAGGCAGCAGCACUCAGUGCUUUUAUUAAUUUGCUGGCUUCUUGAAAGACCUUGAAGGAGGAGUAAAAAUCAGUAUUUUUUCCUCUCACAUAUCUCUCUCUCUUUUUUCUGUAAAGGGAGGCUGCUGUUGUGAGGCACAAGAAGAGGGGCUUUUUUUAAGUUGAUUUUUGGAUUUCUUUUCAUAUUUCACAAUUCUGAGGGAAUUAUUGGACUCUCCCAAAAAAGAAAACAUGCUUCGAGUGGGUGUUCACCUUUUCCCUCUCUGAAAUAACUUGCAUCCUGCAUUUUACUGACCAUUUAUUUCCCUGCUGCUGGUGCUGGCAGUGAAGGGAGGUGAAGCCGGGGCAGGCAUGGCCCAGCAGGCAGGCAUGGGGGUGACCCACCAGGACACCCUGGCAGUGCCCCCCAUGCCCAAACACUCCGGCCUGAAUGAAGACCUGGUGAAGAUCCUGCGGGAGAACCUGCUGCAGCCAGAACGGCCACGAGGACACCGCCGGUCUCCCUCCUCCAUCUCCCCCCGCCUUUCUCCACGCAACUCCCCUCGUCUGCUUCGUCGCAUGCUGCUCAACAACAACAUCCACAAGCAGAGGCGCUUCACUGUCGCGCACACAUGUUUUGAUGUGGACAAUGGCACGUCAUCAGGUCGCAGCCCCUUGGACCCAAUGGCCAGCCCAGGCUCAGGCCUCAUCCUGCAGGCUAAUUUUGUCCACAGCCAGCGGAGAGAGUCAUUCCUGUACCGCUCUGACAGCGACUAUGACCUCUCCCCCAAGUCCAUGUCCCGUAACUCCUCCAUUGCUAGUGACAUUCAUGGUGAUGAUAUGAUUGUAACCCCAUUUGCACAGGUUCUUGCCAGUUUAAGAACUGUACGAAACAACUUCGGUGCAUUAACUAAUCUACAGCAAGACAGAGUGUUCAAUAAGAGAUCACCAAUGUGUAACCCUGCGCCUAUCACCAAGACUGCCUUCACAGAGGAGGCCUACCAGAAGCUGGCCACUGAGACCCUGGAGGAGCUGGACUGGUGCCUGGACCAGUUGGAGACCCUGCAGACCAGACACUCAGUCAGUGAGAUGGCCUCCAAUAAGUUCAAGAGGAUGUUGAACAGGGAGCUGACCCACCUAUCAGAGAUGAGUCGCUCUGGAAACCAGGUGUCUGAGUUCAUCUCAAGCACCUUCUUGGACAAGCAACAUGAGGUGGAGCUGCCGUCGCCUCACAUGCAGAAGGAGAAGGAGAAGAAGAACAAACCCAUGUCUCAGAUCAGUGGGGUGAAAAAGCUGCAACACUCCUCAAGCCUCUCAAACUCUAAUAUCCCUCGCUUUGGUGUUAAAACAGAGACAGAGAAUGAGUUGGCUAAGGAAUUGGAGCAUGUGAAUAAAUGGGGCCUUAAUGUCUUUAAAAUCUCAGAGUUCUCUGGGAACCAGCCGUUAACAGUCAUGAUGUACACGAUAUUCCAGGAGAGGGAUUUGUUAAAAACAUUUAAAAUUCCACUAGACACCUUUAUAACAUACCUGAUGACCUUAGAAGACCAUUACCAUGCCGACGUGGCCUACCACAACAACAUCCAUGCUGCUGACGUCACCCAGUCAACUCACGUGCUGCUGUCCACCCCUGCCCUGGAGGCUGUGUUCACUGACCUCGAAAUCUUAGCUGCCAUCUUCGCUAGUGCAAUCCAUGACGUGGACCAUCCUGGAGUCUCCAAUCAGUUCCUCAUCAACACCAAUUCUGAGCUAGCGUUGAUGUAUAAUGACUCAUCUGUUUUGGAGAACCACCAUUUAGCAGUCGGUUUCAAGCUCCUGCAGGAGGAGAACUGUGACAUCUUCCAAAACCUGACCAAAAAACAAAGACAAUCACUACGGAAAAUGGUCAUUGAUAUUGUGCUUGCAACAGACAUGUCAAAGCACAUGAAUCUACUGGCUGAUCUGAAGACUAUGGUAGAAACCAAGAAGGUGACCAGCUCUGGUGUCUUGCUGCUGGACAACUAUUCUGACAGGAUACAGGUUCUCCAGAACAUGGUUCACUGUGCGGACCUGAGCAACCCCACCAAACCUCUGCAGCUGUACUGUCAGUGGACGGACCGCAUCAUGGAGGAGUUCUACAGCCAGGGUGAUCGAGAGAGGGAGAGAGGCAUGGAGAUCAGCCCCAUGUGUGACAAACACAAUGCCUCAGUAGAAAAGAGCCAGGUCGGUUUCAUCGAUUAUAUCGUUCACCCUUUGUGGGAGACGUGGGCUGACCUGGUCCAUCCAGAUGCCCAAGACAUCCUGGACACAUUGGAAGACAACAGGGAGUGGUACCAAAGUACCAUCCCCCAAAGUCCUUCUCCAGCACUGGAUGAGCCUGAGGACAGCACUCGGCCACCUGGCGGGGACAAGUUCCAGUUUGAGCUCACCCUGGAAGAGGACGGCGAGUCGGACACUGAGAAAGACAGUGGCAGUCAGCCAGAGGAGGAAGACGAGGAGGAAGAGGACAACAGCUGUACUGAUUCUAAAACACUCUGUACGCAGGACUCUGAAUCAACAGAGAUCCCUUUGGACGAACAGGUGGUGGAGGAGGAGGAGGAGGUAGCGAAGAAUCAGGAGGAGGUACCCUGCCUACAACCGUGCGUGUUGGAGGACGUAGCAGAGGUGGAGGACAACAAGAAAUCCUCUGACACAUAGCAGUGUAUGGACAGCACCUGACUAACUGUUCUUCUUAGUAAUGACAGAUUAUUUAUAGAAUAUUUUGUUGAGUCUGCCUGUGUUUUUUUAUACAACUUUGUUUAUGGUUCUAAAGAAUUUGCUGCUGUCCACCUUGGUCACUCUCUCAUUUUUAGCUUCAUUCAGACACACCCACUAGUACUUCUUCAAGUUUUUUUGCACUCAGGAAACCUUCUUUCAUCCACCUCUGUACUGAAAGUGGUGUGUCUUUAGUUCAACUCUCCACCUCCACUGUAGGACAUGGACAGUCUGCUCCGUAAUGUUACAUUUUGUCUCAUGCUCUUAUUUCAAGCUUUGCCUCAGCCUUGCCAGAAAGUAUAGAAGUGAUUUUUAUUAGGUGUCCAUCCCCAACAGAGACGAUUACUGACAUGCGUCAGCAGAAAUUCCCCUCAUGGUUGGGUAAUUUUCUUUACACUAUACAAUAGAAAUCAGGAUGCUUUGCUUUUCUGGUAAAACUUCUGUUUGGAUGUUGCAGAAAUUAAAGCUGCAACACAAUGGACUUCUCCAGUCUGGUAGUCUUCCUUAAAAAAAAAAAAACACCCUGACAGACACUAAGCUCAAACCCAAACAGGCAUCAAUGCAGUUUUUAGACCUCUUUAUUUUUAUGGAACUGUAUGUAACUAUCCAAUGUUUGUAUGUUUGUUUCAUGCAUUAUCUAUCCAUCCAUUUUCAUCCACUUAUCCAUUACCGGGUCCCGGGGCAGCAGUUGCCACCCAAAUCAUUGCACCGUACCAACCCCCCUAA